AAACCCCACAUUCAUCCUGUUGACACAGACUCUCUCUUGGCAAUGUGGUGCAGUCGUAUGGCACUGCGUCAGCUCCAGAGGAUCGCCGUUGCUCCUUUGAAUGCUGCUGGAGGUUUAACGAGCAAAGUGCAGAGGGAGAUGUCGACCCUGCCACGGGUGUAUGUCACCCGACAGAUCCCACCAGAGGGCCUGAAGAUCCUCAAAGAAUCUGGACAGGUGCAGUUCGAGCUGUGGGAUUCAGAUGACCCAGUGCCCAGGAAGGAGCUGCUUCAGAAGGUCAAAGGCGUUGAUGGUCUGCUCUGCGUCCUGACAGAAAAGAUUGAUGCAGAAUUGUUGGAUGCUGCAGGUCCUAACCUGAAGGUUCUUAGUACUAUGUCAGUGGGUUUUGAUCAUCUGUCCUUGGAGGAGCUGAAGAAAAGAGGGAUCCGUGUCAGUUACACCCCUGAUGUUCUGACAGAUGCUGUUGCUGAGCUGACUGUAGCUCUGCUGCUCACAACCUCCAGGAGGCUCAUAGAGGCCACACACGAAGCCAAGACUGGUGGCUGGGGCACAUGGAGAACUCUAUGGCUGUGUGGACAUGAGCUGGCCAACAGCACUGUGGGUAUUUUUGGUUUAGGGAGGAUUGGCGUGGCUAUCGCUGAGCGUCUGGCACCUUUCAAAGUAAAGAAGUUCAUCUACACAGACAUGGCUCCCAGGCCUGAGCUGGCUAGUGCCAUCAAUGCUGAAUUUGUGUCUUUCGAUGAACUGGCAAAGCAGUCAGACUUCCUGGCUGUGUGCUGCGCUUUAACACCAGAGACAAAGGAGAUCUGCAACAAGAAUCUCUUCUCAAAGAUGAAAAACACCUCUAUCUUUAUCAACACCAGCAGAGGUGGAGUGGUGAACCAGGAAGACCUGUAUGAGGCUCUGUCCACUGGCCAGAUAGCAGGAGCUGUAGAUGUCACUGUGCCAGAGCCCCUGCCCACCAGCCAUCCACUGUUUACCCUCAAAAACUGUGUGAUUCUUCCGCAUAUUGCUAGUGCCUCGUAUACGACCCGUAACGCCAUGUCCAGCCUGGCAGCAAACAACCUCCUCCUCGGCCUGCGGGGUCAGCCGAUGAUCAAAGAGCUCAAGCUUUGAGAAGAAUCUGGUUCCACCCUGAGAACUGAUUAAAUAUUGAGCAAUUAGUUCUACCAUCAUCUCUAAUUUUGCUUCAUAGGACUGAAUCCAGGAUAUUUAGUAAAAGUCCUCAACAGUAAACAGUUCAGGGAAACUGUUUUUGCUCUACUUUCAACUUUUCAGCCAAAUAUGUACAAUAACAGUAUCUCUUGUAAAGCCUCUAUCAGUUCCUAUUUCAUAUAAACGUCACAAGCAAACUGAA